AUGGCCUUUUCAACCCAGACCCCAACAAUUGUCGUGCUAAAAGAAGGCACUGAUACCAGUCAAGGUACAGGACAAAUUCUUCACAAUAUUUCUGCAUGUCUUGCCAUCCAAGAAACUCUUAAACCAACAUUAGGACCGUUUGGAUCAGAUAUUCUUAUUGUAAAUUCUCAAGGUAAAACCACUAUUUCCAAUGAUGGUGCCACUAUCUUGAAGUUAUUAGAUAUUGUCCAUCCUGCUGCUCAGAUGUUGGUUGAUAUUUCCAGAUCUCAAGAUGCUGAAGUUGGUGAUGGUACCACAAGUGUUACUGUAUUAGCUGGAGAAUUAUUAAAAGAAGCUAGAACUUUUAUAGAAGAAGGUGUUUCAUCUCAUUUGAUUACUAAGGGGUAUAGAAAGGCUAGUGAAUUAUGUAUCGCCAAGAUUGAAGAACUUGCUGUAAAUGUUAAGAAAUCUAGUCCAGCUGGAGAAUUUAGAGAAAUGUUAGAAAGAUGUGCUACUACUGCUAUGAGCUCGAAAUUAAUUAGUCAAAAUUCACAAUUUUUCACCAAGAUGGUUGUUGAUGCUGUUUUAAGUUUAGAUGAACAAGAUUUAGAUGAGAAAUUGAUUGGGAUUAAAAAAGUCCCAGGUGGAAGUAUGGAAGAUUCAAUGUUUAUUGAUGGAGUUGCAUUCAAGAAAACUUUUUCAUAUGCUGGAUUUGAGCAACAACCUAAAAAAUUCACCAAUCCAAAAAUUAUCAAUCUUAAUGUCGAAUUAGAAUUAAAAGCAGAAAAAGACAAUGCAGAAGUCAGAGUUGAACAAGUUAAGGAUUAUCAAGCUAUAGUUGAUGCUGAAUGGCAAAUUAUAUUUAAUAAAUUAGAAGCAAUUGCUGAAACUGGUGCCAAUAUCGUUUUAUCUAAGUUACCAAUUGGUGAUUUAGCCACUCAAUAUUUUGCUGAUAGAAAUAUUUUCUGUGCUGGUAGAGUAAGUAGUGAAGAUAUGGAUCGUGUUAUUAAAGCCGUUGGUGGUCAUGUCCAAUCUACUUGUUCUGGUAUCAAACCAGAAGAUAUAGGUACUUGUGAAGUAUUUGAAGAAGUUCAAAUUGGUGGUGAUAGAUAUAAUCUUUUUAAAGGAUGUCCACAAGCUAAAACUUGUACAUUAAUUUUACGUGGUGGUGCUGAACAAGUUAUUGCUGAAGUUGAAAGAUCAUUACAUGAUGCCAUUAUGAUUGUUAAACGUGCUGUGAGUCAUCAUACUGUGGUUGCUGGUGGUGGUGCCAUUGAAAUGGAAUUAUCUAAAUAUUUACGUGAUUAUUCUAGAACUAUUGCUGGAAAACAACAAUUAAUCAUUAGUGCUUUUGCUAAAGCCCUUGAAGUUAUUCCUAGACAAUUAUGUGAAAAUGCUGGAUUUGAUGCUAUUGAAUUAUUGAAUAAAUUACGUAGUGCUCAUGCUAAAGGUGAAACUUGGUAUGGGGUUGAUUUCCAGAAGGAAUCUAUAGGUGAUAACAUGGCUGGUUUUAUUUGGGAACCUGCUUUGGUUAAGAUAAAUGCAAUUGCUUCUGCUACUGAGGCAGCCACUUUGUUAUUGUCAGUCGAUGAAACUAUCAGAAAUGAUGAACAAGAGGGUCAAGCCCCUCCACAAGCAGGAAGAGGUAGAGGUGCAUAUUAA